CAAAAGCCGGCAGCGCCGCCGUACGCCGUGACAAGCGGCAACGGGCGCACGCGGUCGACGCCUCGUCGUCUGCGAAGCCGCCGAGCGGCCGGGGGCAGCCGCCGCGCCCGCCGUCGACGCCUCAUCGAGCAGCCGACGGCAAACAGCCCGCCACCGCCCAAGCGCGCAGCGCAGCGCACGCUCCCGACGCGUCGUCAAAGGGGUGACCACCACCAUGGCCUCCAUGCUCCGCGCGAAGCAGAAGCGCCAGGCCCAAUUACAAAAAGAACAAGACGACGUCGUCAAGGCCGCCGUCGUGGACCUCAAGGGCCACUGCCACCUCCCGACCAUCCAAGAUAAAAAUGUUGUGCCCUCGAACCGAUUGCUGGGACGAGUCUACCGGAGGAAGCUCCACGAGGUGGUUUGUAGAAAGGACAUGUUUCGCAUCUGGAACGCGCUGGGUACGAGCAUCGCGUCGACGAUGCUGCAGGGCAAGGGUGUUAGGUUUGACGGCGUGUUGGAUCUGACGUUCGACAUCGAGGGGCAGCCCAUGUACAAGCUCGAGAAGGACCAGAACGUGAUCCUGAAGACGUUUGGUUCGGGUCAUCACGCGCUGUGGCGCGCGGCGCACGAUUUCCUACCUGGCGACGGCGCGCCCGUGCUAGCGACCUUGCCUCUCGAAAGUGUAGCCCAAUCACUCAAUAGAAGACGGGAGGAACGUCGCAAGAAGAGACUCAGCGCGGGCGUGACGACGGACACGCUACAGUUGUCAAGACAUGGGAUGGGGGGAUUUGAACGGACCUCGUCCACCUUUGGCUCAGAUACGAUGUCAGGUACAUUGAAUCCGCCCAAAAAACAAUUUGUGGUCAAAGCGCGAGAUCAUGUCAAGGACUUGGACCGGGAAGUGGUACUAUAUGUGGUCAAAUCGAUCAUGGCCGAGUUCAUCCUCGCGUGCCGGGGGCCCGCGAAGGCCGUGGCGCUGACGCUGGAGCGGGUCGGGGAAUUUGUGUAUACGAGCCCCGAGGUCGAGGCGCCCCCCGGGACGACGCUCCCCGACGAGGAUUCGCGUACCGUCGUCGUGCGCCACGAGGGGGGCAAGGUGAUCACGUCCGUCAAGAGCGAGGGGCUCGGAGCGCGAGGCUUUCUAGCCGUGAGAUUCCGGAGGGACUUCAUCCAGUUAUUACGAGAGCAGCACGCCGCGACGGUGAUACGACGACCCAUUAGUCGGUGGAGCGAGGCGCGGCGGCACGAUAAGGUGACUGUACGUGAAUUCUUAGACCCCACGGUCAUCAUCCCCGGGAAGUUACUGGAAGCGCCGGGCUUCGAGGGCGAAAAGGGACCCUCGGAGGACGCGACGGCCACGCUCACGAAAAUCCGCGAGGCCCUCGUGGCGAGGCAGAACAACCCUUACGCGUUGCACUACUUCGUGAAGCAACUGUCGACGAUCGACGACGACGGGGCCUGGGAUCCCGUCGAGAACAAGUACGAGGUGUCGCUCGACGCGGACGAGCUCCGGUGGGGCCUGCGCGAAUUCGGAGUCGAGGUCGAGCUCGAGGAGUGCCUGGCCGUGGUGGCCAUGUUCGACGCCGACGGGGGCGGGACGCUAUCGGCCAAAGAGCUGAUGGUUGGACUACGAGACAAGGAGAUGUCGUCCCUGCGGAAAGCUCGAGUCGAGAAGAAGUGGGCGCAAUUGAGGAGAGAGUGCGGUGUCAUUGACGAGGACGAAGACAUUCCCGUAUCAAAAUUGAAAAAACGGUUCAACCCCCACGGCGACCAGCGCGUCAAAGAGGGAAAUGCCGAGUGGCCGCCUAGGGAUGUGAUGAACGCCUUCUUCGCAGUGUUGGACGAUGAGGGCGACGGGACGGUAAGCCGGUCGGAGUUCUUCGAGCUCUACGAGAACUGCUCGGCGGCGGUCCCUUCAGAUAAAGAUUUUCUGAAGACCUUGGACGAGUACUGGCACCGGCCGCCGUCGUUCAAGAGCGUGGCGCAGGCGGCGCGGGCCGUGUCUCGUUCGUCACGCGUCCAUGCGAAGCCUGUGAAUGACCUUGAGAGGAAGCUGGACCGGGUGCUGGACGGCGCGCUCGGGAUGACUGUUGAUGAGGGGACGCUGGACGCGGUGUUAGAUGAAGGCGUUCACAGGAAGGAGAACGCGCGGCCGUUUUCUCAUCAUCAGAAUCGGGCUCCUGCGUCUCCCGAGCCGGACGUGGAGACGGACUGGAUGAGUCCCGAGCCCGUCGCGAAGCGGGCGCCGCCGCUGCGGUCGGGGCGGUGACUUGCUUCGCUGCGUAAUACGUAUGGCGUCUAG